GGGCGGGAGGAGGCGGGACUUCCUGUAGCAACUGCGGGCUGCCACUCAAACCUGUUUCUCUAUUUCCCCUUAGGCCGACUCCCAGAAUGGCCACGCUGGAGGCCCAGGGUCGCCUGUGGCUGGAGAGCCCCGCUGGGGUAGCUCCUCCCAUCCUCCUGCCCAUUGACGGGCAAGCUCUGAUUCUGGGCCGGGGACCCUUGACGCAGGUUACCGACCGGAAGUGCUCCCGAAACCAGGUGGAGCUGGUCGCUGACCCUGAGACUCGGACGGUGGCAGUGAAACAGCUGGGAGUUAACCCCUCAACUGCUGGGACCCAGGAGCUGAGACCGGGUUUGAAGGGCUCUCUGGGGGUGGGGGACACGCUGUAUUUGGUCAAUGGCCUCCACCCGCUGACCCUGCGCUGGGAAGAAGCCCGCACUCCAGAAUCCCAGCCAGACACUCCACCCGGCACCCCUCCUGGGACCCGAGAGGGAGAGGAGGAGAAUGUGGAGCAGCAGAAAAAGCGGAUGAGGAAGUCAUCCCCUGGCUGGGAGACCUUCGAGAAACUGCUGGUGUUCACAGCACGUGAUGUGAAGCCCCGGGGCAAGGUGGCUGCUUUCGAUCUGGACGGGACCCUCAUCACCACCCGUUCUGGGAAGGUCUUUCCCACUGGCCCCAGUGACUGGAGGAUCUUGUACCUAGAGAUUCCACGGAAGCUCCGGGAACUGGCUGCCGAGGGUUACAAGCUGGUGAUCUUCACCAACCAGAUGGGCAUCGGGCGUGGAAAGCUGCGAGCGGAGGAGUUCAAAGCCAAGGUGGAGGCUGUGGUGGAGAAGCUGGGGGUCCCCUUUCAGGUGCUGGUGGCCACGCACGCAGGCUUGUACCGGAAGCCGGUGAGCGGCAUGUGGGACCACCUGCAGGAGCAGGCCAACGAGGGCAUGCCCAUCUCCAUCGGGGACAGCAUCUUUGUGGGAGACGCAGCGGGACGCCCAGCCAACUGGGCCUCUGGGCGCAAGAAGAAAGACUUCUCCUGCGCAGACCGCCUGUUCGCCCUGAACCUGGGCCUGCCCUUCACCACACCAGAGGAGUUCUUUCUCAAGUGGCCUGUGGCCCGUUUCGAGCUCCCAGCCUUUGACCCGAGGAGCAUCACCCGCUCUGGGCCUCUCUGCCUCCCCGAGUCCAGCUCCCUCUUAAGCUCAGACCCAGAGGUGGUCAUCGCCGUGGGAUUUCCUGGGGCUGGGAAGUCAACCUUCCUCCGGGAGCAUCUCGUGUCAGCCGGAUACGUCCAUGUGAACAGGGACACUCUGGGCUCGUGGCAGCGCUGUGUGACUGCAUGUGAGGCGGCCCUGAAGCAGAGGAAACCGGUCGUGAUCGACAACACAAACCCUGACGUGCAGAGCCGGGCCAGGUACCGGGGUCCCAGGGAAGGCCCCUGCAGGGUGGCCCUGCCCUUUACCAGCCCUCCCCCCCCAGACUCCUCCCACGUGCCCGUGUCUGACGUUGUCAUUUACAGCUACAGGAAGCAGUUCGAGGCCCCCACGCUGGCCGAAGGCUUCGCGGCUGUCCUGGAGAUCCCGUUUCGGCUGCACGUGGCACCGCAGCUUGAGCGGCUAUACCGCCAGUUCUCAGAGGGCUGAGCUACCCUGCGCCCUCCAGCCCUCGCCCCUCGCCACAAUAAAUGCUAAUUUUUUUCCCUAA